CGUUGAUAUACUGUACGUAGCAAACCAUCAGAACGUCUGUAGGGUCAACGUAUCAGGGCUCAGCAAACCUUCCAGUCCUAUCCACGGUCGUCAUGCCCAAAUACCUCGUACAUUUCGCCCAACUGCACGCGGACUUUCGGCUGCCAGAGCUGGACUCCUUGGCUGUCCUUGAAAAUGUGAAGUUGACGUACGAGAAGAGCGCUUAUUCAGACGAGCAUCCCUUCCUUGUAGUCGAAUGCGAAAGCGAUGACGAAGCACGAAAGCUGAUUCGGAGGUCUAUCCUAACAAAGCAGAUCAUCAGACUGGUUGCAACGGCGCCCACCUACGACGAAGUGCUGGAAGUCGCGAAGCGCUCUACGGAUCUCAUCGACGAGUGCCGCGGAAAGUCCUUCAAAUUCGAGCUUGACGCCUUUGGCCGUACCUUCGACCAAGAAACACAGAUUGCGCGGAUAGAGCCGUUCUGCUUCCUUCCCUGUGGAGAUGUAAAUCUGAAGAACCCGGAAAUCACUCUUGCAUACAUUGAGGAUUACGGACACAGUGAGACCGCAGCGGCUAGGAAUCCGGAGAGAGCGUUCUUUGGCGUACUUGUGGGGAGGGGAGAUAGAGGGACGGUGACGAAGUAUGAUUUGAAGAAGCGGCAGUACCUUGGGACAACGUCGAUGGACGCGGAGUUGUCGCUCGUGAUGGCGAACCAGGCGUUGGUGCGCGCAGGUAGCUUUGUCCUAGACCCCUUCGUCGGCACGGGCAGUUUCUUGGUCACAUGUGCACAUUACGGGUGCUUCACGAUGGGAACAGACAUUGAUGGGCGGCAGAUACGAGGAAAAGGCGAGCGCAGCAUCCGGUCAAAUGUUGAACAGUAUAAGCUUGGUGGACGGGUACUCGACACCGUUGUUGCUGACAUUGCGCAUCACCCAUGGAGAGCAACGCAGUUGUGGGAUGCUAUUGUUUGCGAUGUAGGCUUCGUGACGGUUCCCGCUGCGACUUUGAGAAGUCUGCCAACUAAUUUCUUUCUCGUUCGCCAGCCACCAUACGGCGUCAGAGCUGGCGCAAAGAAGCUGGGGUUUAAUGCGAAUGCGAAGCCGCCACCAGGAGUAGACGGGCCCCUCCCAGCUCUGAAAAAAAACGGCGAGCUUCGGUACCCCUCAACCAUCCCAUACGAGAUGCACGAUGUCAUCGUAGACCUGAUAGAUUUCGCAGCCGUGCAUCUCGUCCCUGGAGGACGGCUAGUGUACUGGCUGCCGACGAUCGUCGAUGAAUACAGCCCAGACGACCUGCCCCUCCACCCACAAUUCAAACUGGUAUCCAAUAGCGCGCAGGUAUUCGGCAAAUGGUGUCGCCGGCUGGUGACGAUGGAGAAGCUGCAUGAUGCGGGGUCGCUAGAGACGGGUGAGUGUCAAAACGCGGCCCUGGCGGAGGCUGCUUCGGCCAACCCGGCGCAUGCGAAGUUUAGGGAGGUUUACUUUGGCGAUGGGAGGACGUGAGAUUUACGGGCCGGGGGUCUGCGGCGGGUUCGUGGAUUGGAUUGGAAGGAUUCAGGCUUUGGGAAGGUCGUGGCCGCAUAACUUAUCACGUAGUAUAUAGCAUCUCUGGCAGUAGCGCACGGUAUCUAGACGUCCCAUA